AAGAAGAAGCAGAAGAAGAAGAAGAAGAAGAAGAAGAAGAGGAGACGUUUAAAACGAUAUUGGACACAACGGCUGUUCUGGUGCAUGGGUCUUCUCCAGCGCUAUAUUUUAGUCCACCAGUAUGAGUCAUGGGUACGGUAAUAGACGUGGUCGAAGAGGUGGUGGUCGAAAGUUUGGAGAUGUGGGGUCCAGGUGGGAUGCAGGGGCCAGUGGUGUUGGAGGAUGCACGAAGAGCUCUGAGUGGGACUCCGUGGUAGAGCAUGGACUUGGAGGGUGUCGAAGAGGAGGAAGAGGCAAACAUCCAUCUCAUUUAAAGGGUCGAGAAAUUGGACUAUGGUAUGCCAAAUGGGGAGGAAUUAAAAAGUCCGAGGCAGAGAGGAGAUCUAGGGCUGUUGUUCAGAUGGAUGAAUCACGAGAGAAGCACAUUACUCAGUUGCUGAAUUCUGUCCAGAGAGAUAUGGGAAGAGAUGUGCAUCCUUCAACAUCUCAGAGUUGGAGGAUCAAGGAGGAGGCCUGUGGUCACAGUUACUUUGAUGGAGAUGAUCCUCUAGAAACUCAAAGCACUAUGCCAUUGUCAAAAGUUGAGCCUAAAGAAGAGAAACGGGAGGAUGAGAUCAAGUCAAGAGCAAGUUUGAAAAAGGAACUUAAUGAAACCAAUUUAGAAUACUUACUUCAGGAUAUUGUGCGGAUACCUUCUUUGGAUGAGGAGCUUAAGCAAGAUCAACAGAAGAAGGAAGAUAAUGCUGCAUACAUUGAAAUGUUGAAAUUCAGGAAGAAGUUACCUUCUUAUGGGAUGAGAGAGGAGUUGCUUAGGCUGAUCAGUGCUAACCGGGUACUGGUAAUCAGUGGAGAGACCGGCUGUGGUAAAACUACACAGGUCACCCAGUUCAUCCUUGAUGAUUUCAUCCAGAGGGGCCUGGGCUCUCUCUGCAGAGUGGUUUGCACACAGCCACGGCGUAUCAGUGCCAUAUCUGUUGCAGAGAGAGUGGCUGUGGAACGGGCAGAGCCAGUGGGAGAGGGGAAGUCUUGUGGAUAUCAGAUUCGUCUGCAGAGCCGGUUACCUCGGAAGCAAGGCUCAGUGUUGUAUUGUACAACAGGUGUUAUUCUUCAGUGGCUUCACUCAGAUCCAUAUCUUUCUAGCAUAACCCAUCUGGUCCUGGAUGAAAUUCAUGAGAGGAGUGUUCAGUCUGAUAUUCUUAUCACCAUCGUGAAGGACCUGUUAACUGCUCGUGAGGACCUAAAAGUAGUCCUCAUGAGUGCCACACUCAAUGCUGAGAAAUUCAGCAAGUAUUUCAAUAAUUGUCCCAUGAUUCAUAUUCCUGGAUACACAUUUCCAGUCACAGAGUACUUGUUGGAGGAUGUGGUGGAAUUGCUUGGAUUCCGGCCUCAGUACAAACACCGUAAACCAUAUAGGAGAAGGAAUAAUCAUGGCUCAAGUGCACAGUCUGAGAAAGGCAAAAUAGAGACCAAAUAUUAUGAGAGCUGGCCCUGCUAUGCCCGUACACUUAGAGAUCGCAGAUUUUCAGACACUACUAUUGAAGUGCUGGGAAUGAUGGAUGAUGAUGACAAGAUCGAUCUGGAGCUUACUGCUGCGCUGAUUCGUCACAUUGUGGUGAAUGAGAAUGAAGGAGCGAUUCUAGUGUUUCUUCCUGGAUGGGACAAUAUCAGCACCUUGAAUGAUUUGCUAAUGACUGACCAGAUGUUUAAGUCAGAUCGGUUUAUCAUCAUCCCGCUUCACUCUCUGAUGCCAACGGUCUCUCAAACCCAAGUUUUCAAAAAGCCACCCCCGGGAGUGCGCAAGAUUGUGAUUGCUACUAACAUUGCAGAAACCAGUAUCACUAUAGAUGAUGUUGUGUAUGUGAUCGAUGGAGGGAAGAUUAAAGAAACUAAUUUUGACACCCAGAAUAAUAUAAGGACCAUGACAGCAGAGUGGGUGAGCGUAGCCAAUGCCAGACAGAGGAAGGGCCGUGCUGGCAGAGUGUCCCCAGGGAAAUGCUAUCACCUGUAUAAUGGACUGAGGGCCAGCCUCUUGGAUAACUACCAGUUACCUGAGAUCCAACGCACUCCGCUGGAAGAGCUUUGCUUACAAAUUAAGGUACUGAAGUUGGGUCCCAUUGCAACUUUUCUGCAGAAAACUAUGGAUCCUCCCUCAGACAGAGCAAUAGAGCUGGCUAUCACACACCUGGUAGACCUGAAUGCCUUGGACAGGAAUGAAAAGUUGACUCCUCUAGGAUUUCAUCUCGCCCGUAUGCCUGUAGAGCCUCACAUAGGAAAGAUGAUUUUGUUCGGGGCACUUCUAGGCUGUUUGGACCCCGUGCUUAUCAUUGCAGCCAGCCUUAGCUUUAAAGAUCCCUUCUUCAUACCACUGGGAAAGGAGAGGAUUGCAGACCACAGGAGAAAGAUGUUUUCCCAGAACUCAAGAAGCGAUCAUCUGAGUAUUGUCAAUGCUUUUUGGGGCUGGGAGGAUGCUAAGGGACGAGGAAGCAGGUUUGAGAGGGAAUACUGCUGGGACAACUUUCUGUCUGCCAAUACGCUACAGAUGCUUCAGAAUAUGAAGGGUCAGUUUGCAGAGCAUCUUUUGAGAGCUGGCUUUGUGAAUAGUAAGGACCCUAAAGAUCCCAGCUCUAACAUCAACUCAGAAAACAAGAAGCUGGUCAAGGCAGUGAUUGUAGCUGGCCUGUACCCUAAAGUGGCCAAGAUUUCCCCCAGCCAUAAUAAGAAGAGACCAAUGCCUGUGAAGGUGUAUACUAAGGCUGAUGGGAAAGUCUGUAUCCACCCAAAGUCCGUCAAUGCAGAGGAAACUCAGUUUCAACACAAAUGGCUCGUCUAUCACCUGAAGAUGAAAACCACCAGUAUCUUCCUCUAUGACUGCACUGAGGUAUCUCCAUUUUCACUCCUGUUCUUUGGAGGGAAUAUUUCUAUCCAGAAAGACCAGGACCAGGAUACGAUUGCAGUGGAUGAGUGGAUUGUGUUUCAGUCCCCAGGGCGCAUUGCCCACCUUGUCAAGGACCUGAAAAAGGAGUUGGAUGUAUUACUGGAGGAAAAGAUAAAGAGUCCACAUCCUGUGGACUGGAAAGACCAGCAGUCGAAAGAUUGUGCAGUUAUCUCCGCCAUAAUCGACCUCAUCACUACACAGGAAACCCCCACUAAAGACCCAUUGAAAGAUAGCCAACCUGUGUAUCAACGAUCAGAUUGUUUAUUUGAAUGAUAUUUAGGUUUGAAAUAACCUACAGACAGUGCUCUACUGUCUCAGAUGUGUCUGAACACUUAUCUCUCUACAUAUAUUAUCUCUCUGUCUUAUACUCUACCUACAGCAUUAGGAGGUUUUUUUUUCAUAUUAUUAUUAUUUAUUGUGGUUAAUUAUCAUAUGCUUUUCUAAUCAGUUAUAAAAAUAAAUUAGUCAUAAAGUUUCAUAUAUUCUGUUUUUCUAUGGAUGACUGACUAUUUUGAUCACAGUAUAGGCACAUAAGGGACAUAUGGGUAAAGGUUUAAGGAAUUAAGAAUAUUUGCAGUUCAUAUCACAGUAAAUUUUAAAUGUAAAACUACAUGUUGAUUAUUUUUAAGUAAAUUGGUAAUGUGCUGAUAUAGUUUUUUUUUUUUUUUUUGCUGUGAAUAAAGACUCUUUGUCCACAAAAUGAGACCAAUGGUUGUUGCAAAUUGAAUAAUGAAGAAGCUUAAAUAAAAUAAAAAUUAAGAACUA